GUACUGAUAAAACAAAGAUACUCCCCUGAGAAGAGAAUUUGGGAAUAUGACAAGUUGCUUUGUAAUCUAACUCCAGACCUACUGGGUUUAUUUAGUCUGAACAAUACGGGCCAAAAUCAUCUCCAAAGUCCAGCUCUGACGUUCUUAAUUCCAUUAUAGCUAAAUGUGUGAAUGAAAGGCUUCACAAACCCAGUGCCCUUAAAGGAUGAAGGGAUGAAGGAGGUUGGGAAAGCCCCUCGCGGGCUCCAGGUGGGGUUUUCAGGCGCUUCCAUGGGCAGAAGGCCCCAGGCCUCCGCCUUUGCCGCCUACUGCCCGCCCAGCCGGGCACUUCCUCGUUCCCGUUCCCGCGCGCAGCUCCCUACGCCCAGCGCCGGCGCUCCUGGCGCGGGAGGGGGCCAGAGGGGAGAUGUCGCAACCGCCGCCCUCCCCCUUUCCCCGCCUUGGCACUCAGUCACCUCCCAGAUGAGCGCGCUCGUUCGCAGACCGCUCCCGGCCGGCGGACGCCCGGCAUGUCCCUCGAGUGCGCGCAGGCAGCGGGGGCCGGGUCCCUGCGCAGCCUGGAACUAGCCAACCGCACCCGCUUCCCCUUUUUCUCCGACGUCAAGGGCGACCACCGGCUGGGGCUGAGCGUAGUGGAGACGAUCGUGCUGGCGCUCAUCCUUGCGGUGUCGCUGCUGGGCAACGCGUGCUCCCUGGUGCUGGUGGCCCGCCGACGGCGCCGGGGCUCCACCGCCUGCCUAGUGCUCAACCUCUUUUGCGCGGACCUGCUCUUCACCAGCGCCAUCCCGCCGGUGCUGGCAGUGCGCUGGACCGAGGCCUGGCUGCUGGGCCCGGUCGCCUGCCACCUGCUCUUCUAUGUGAUGAGCCUGAGCGGCAGCGUCACCAUCCUCACGCUGGCCGCCGUCAGCCUGGAGCGCAUGGUGUGCAUCGUGCGCCUGCAUCGCGGAGCGCGCGGGCCUGGGCGGCGGGCGAGAGCGGCUCUGCUGGCGCUCAUCUGGGGCUACUCAGCCCUCGCCACGCUGCCCCUCUGCGUCUUCUUUCGCGUCAUCCCGCAGCGGCUCCCGGGCGCAGACCAGGAAAUUCCGAUUUGCACACUGGUUUGGCCCACCAUUGCUGGAGAAAUCUCGUGGGAUGUGUCUUUCGUUACUUUGAACUUCUUGGUUCCAGGACUGGUCAUUGUGAUCAGUUACUCCAAAAUUUUACAGAUCACGAAGGCUUCAAGGAAGAGGCUCACGGUGAGCCUGGCAUACUCCGAGAGCCACCAGAUCCGCGUGUCCCAGCAGGACUUCCGGCUCUUCCGCACGCUCUUCCUGCUCAUGGUCUCCUUCUUCAUCAUGUGGAGCCCCAUCAUCAUCAGCAUCCUCCUCAUCUUGAUCCAGAACUUCAAGCAGGACCUGGUCAUCUGGCCGUCCCUCUUCUUCUGGAUCGUGGCCUUCACGUUUGCUAACUCGGCCCUGAACCCCAUUCUCUACAACAUGGCACUGUUCAGAAACGAAUGGAGGAAAGUGCUUUGCUGCUUCUUGUUCCCAGAAAAGGGAGCCAUUUUUACAGACACAUCUGUCAGAAGAAAUGAUUUGUCAAUUAUUUCUGCUAAUUAGUUUUUCUCUACAGGCAGAGUUCCUCACCCUCUGGCAAGCCAUGGUAUGGCCUACAAGGACUUAAUUUCCAGGACUGUCCACCAGUGUAACCUGCUUUAAGAAAAUGUAACCUAUGCAAAUAAGCAUCUGCAGCUCUGGCGAAUUACCGGAUGAUCAUUCAGUGCACCGAUAUUUUCUCCUUAUUAAAGGAUUUGUUAUGGGUUCCUUUUAAACAUGAACUUUUUUUGUAUGUUUGU